AAAAUGCGUCCUGUUUUUGGGUAGGCUAUUGAACUCUGCUCAGAAAAGGUCUCAACACUCAAAAGACAGUUGCUCUUUCCCCUAAACCAUUACGUUUCCUCUAAACCAGUCUUUCCGUAACCCCUCUAUUGUCCUCUCAGUAACACGUGACCAUCAACUCCAAGUUUAUAAUCCAAAACUCCCACUGUCGUGACCCAUUUUAGUCUGCUGCGCAAACAAACCCAAAUAGCCCAUUAACCCUUAAAUAACAGCUGACCUUUGGACCAAUCAGGAGCCCACAGUUUUUCUUUCAAUUACAAAUCACUCCCAGAAGACUUUGUUAAGACACGUAAAAGAUACUCACCGGCAUUUACUGGAAAAAGAUUAAGCAAACACACGCAAAGCAACGGGGCCUUUAGUGCGCACCAUUCAGAGCCUCCAUCCCAUAAUAGGACUUGUUUUGACUGAGGGCCAAAAUCGAUCCCCGCGAAGAGGAGGGAGUUCUUAGUGUGUUUUUGUAGUCUUGCUGUACAGUUUGGAAGCAGUGAGAAAGAAGAUGGCCGCAGGAUUACCGCUGUUGCUGUUUUACGCGCUGCUGUGCGUCGCCGGAGCCCAGGACCCCUACAAUGAACUCUCCGCGGAAUACAGGAGCGGAGUGGACCUGGCCCUGGAGCGGCUGAGCACUCAUGCCGCUGUGGCCCACCAUUUUCGCUAUCUGAGGACAGUGGACAAAGCUGAGAUAGAUUCUGGAUUUGGGGUAAAAUACUUGUACCAGCAUUUCUACCUGAAGGCAACCAGAUGUCCCAAAGGAACCACCAACUCCAACCCAUCGAGAUGUGUCUUCAGAAAUGACCGACCUCUGAUGGACUGUGCAGUUUGCUACAAAACUGCAUCAGACCAAAUCGAGCCGGAGCCUAAUCCAUAUGUGCACUGCAUCCAGAGGCCAAGACUCACUGAGGAAAUGAUUACUUCAAGAACCGAGCAUUGCAAAAAGAUGGUCUACAACAGCGGAGCCCCAACUCUUCUGUCUGUGUCCUCUGGUUAGAAGAACAACUCAGGCUUCUACUUUGUCUUAUAUCUGUUAUCUUAUCUUAUAUCAGUUAUAUCUUCCCAUGUGUAUAACAAAAUGUGUGUAUUUUUUGUGUCCAAUUCCACAUAAAUUCAGAGAUACCAGUUAGUCUGUAGCCAUUGCCUAACAGUGUUAAGUAACUUUCCUAUUGCUCAAUAAAGUUUUUUUAUACACCA